AUGACCAAACAAAGCUUUGUCGCUAACGCCAAACGGCUUGCUGCGAUAGCAAGCUGUGGCAAUGGGGCGCGAGCCUACAACCUGCUGCAACACAGGUACAUGACUACAGGGAGCAAGCUAAGCAAGGGCCGUACACUCAAUUACAGGCGAGCAGCUCUUAUCGGAGCAGGCAUCACUAUUUCUGCAGCCUACACCUUCACAGGCGGAGCUAGACAAGCACAUGCCGAGCAGCCAGCCAGAGACGCACAUACUCCAGCCUCUUCUUCGACAUGCCCGCUGGUCACCAUGCCUGUGGUGUACUACGACACGUCCACUGAGAAUCUCAAUGGUGCGACAACAGAGUUCUCGAAAUUACUAGGUGCCAAGCGCGUGGACGUAGACCUGGGGUCGCGGAUAUCUCAUUCGAGUACGGAAUGGUCAACGGCACCUCGGGGGGAGCUCGAUCGCUUUGACAUCAUUGUAAGCCCGAGCAGCACCGAGGAAGUCAGUGCCAUUGCCAAGAUCUGCCACAGGCGCCGUAUACCCAUGACGGCCUUUUCUGGUGGAACGAGUCUCGAGGGCACUCUGGCAGCGACGCAGGGCGGUGUUUGCAUUGAUUUCAAAUUAAUGAACAGAGUCAUCAAAGUGCGAAAGGAUGAUCUGGACGUCACCGUGCAACCGGGAGUGGGAUAUCUAGAUCUGAACCAACUUCUGGCCGAGGAAGGCCUGUUCUUCCCUCCCGACCCCGGACCAGGUGCUCAAAUCGGCGGGAUGAUUGCGCAAGGCUGCAGUGGUACGAAUGCCUUCAGAUACGGGACGAUGAAGGACUGGGUGCUCGGCCUGACGCUGGUACUGGCCGACGGUACGGUAGUCAAGACUCGAGGACGACCUAGGAAAUCCAGUGCAGGGUAUGAUCUCACGAGACUGAUUGUAGGCUCAGAAGGCACGCUUGGGUUUGUGACCGAGGCACACCUAAAACUUACGAGCAAGCCACAGAAUGAGCGGGUCGCAUUGGCGGCAUUCUCCAGCACCUCCCACGCUGUUGCGACAGUCGUCCGAGUCAUCCAGAGCGACAUGCCGAUCGCGGCCUUGGAACUUGUAGACGACACGGGGAUGCGGGGCGUGAACCAAGGCGGCUAUUGCGCCAAAGAAUACCCUGAGGUUCCGACUCUCUUUCUCAAGUUCGCCGGCCAUGACAAGGCUUCUGUCGAGCGGCAGAUCCAAACGGUCCAAGACUUCGCUCGACAGUCUGGGUGCCAGACUUUUGAGUUUUCGACUACCGCUGAAGAAGCAGAUGCGAUUUGGGCAGCACGAAAGACACUCCUCUGGAGCAUGUUGACGUUGAAGAACGAUCCGUCUGAUAUUUUCCUGAGCGCCGACACAGCUGUACCUAUCUCUAGAAUGGGCGAGGCCAUGGACGCAGUGAAACAAAAGAUCAACGAGAGCGGGUUCGUGGGAACCUGUUUAGGACAUGUUGGGGAUGGUAAUUUCCACACCGCUGUGAUGUGCCCGCCAGAACAGAAGCAUCAGGCCCGCGAGAUCAUUGCAUGGGUGCAGCGCCUAGCAAUCGACAUGGACGGGACGGUGACGGGAGAGCAUGGCAUUGGACUCGAAUUCCGCGACGCCAUGGUCGAGGAGAUUGGGGAAAACGGCGUGGAUAUGAUGAGGCAGGUCAAGCUGGCGCUUGACCCGUUGUGUUUACUGAAUCCCGACAAGCUGUUUAGAUUGAGGAUUGAGCAGGCGGACGGCAGAUGA